AUGCUCAUAUUCAAUGGCUCUGUCUUCAUGCCUUCUGUACUAACGCUCGUCGGGAUUCCUGGACUGGAGUCAGUGCAGUGUUGGAUCGGGAUUCCAUUCUGUGCCAUGUACCUUAUUGCUGUAAUUGGGAAUUCCCUAAUUUUAGUUAUAAUCAAAUAUGAAAACAGCCUCCAUAGUCCUAUGUACAUUUUUUUGGCCAUGUUGGGGGCCACAGACAUUGCACUUAGUACCUGCAUUCUCCCCAAAAUGUUAGGCAUCUUCUGGUUUCAUGUGCCAGAGAUUUCUUUUGAAGCCUGUCUUCUCCAAAUGUGGUUUAUUCACUCAUUCCAGGCAAUUGAAUCAGGUGUCCUGCUGGCGAUGGCUCUAGAUCGCUAUGUGGCCAUCUGUAACCCCUUGAGACAUGCUACUGUCUUCUCUCGACAACUCUUGGCUCACAUUGGAGUUGGGGUGAUACUCAGGGCUGCUAUUCUUACAGUACCAUCCAUAGUGCUUAUCAAAUGUCAUCUUAAACACUACCGAACUACCAUCAUCUCCCACUCCUAUUGUGAGCACAUGGCCCUUGUGAAGCUGGCUACUGAAGAUGUCCAGAUCAACAAGAUAUAUGGUCUUUUUGUUGCCUUCACUAUCUUAGGGUUUGACAUAAUUUUUAUCACUUUGUCUUAUGUUCAAAUCUUUAUCACUGUCUUUCAACUGCCCCAGAAGGAGGCACGAAUCAAAGCCUUUAAUACAUGCAUAGCCCACAUCUGUGUCUUCCUACAGUUCUAUCUCCUUGCCUUCUUCUCUUUCUUCACACAUAGGUUUGGUUCUCACAUUCCACCCUAUGUUCAUAUCCUUUUAUCUAACCUUUACCUGCUAGUCCCACCUUUUCUCAAUCCUAUUGUUUAUGGAGUGAAGACUAAACAAAUUCGCGAUCAUGUCCUGAAAAUGUUCCUCUCCAAAAGACAUCUUGAUCAUUAGUGACUCCUUCUAUAGAAAUUUUAGGUUGGUUCAAAGUUCAACCUGAAUAUGAUGAAAAGCUAUAACUU